AUGAGACAUGGUGCAGGACGACGAUACAAGAGGGCGUUGGAAUCUUCAGCGAUGGAGUUGCCAGAGAGGUCUGCUGGGAUUGAGACUGUCAGUCAGGGACAGACUCCUCAUUCUACUGCGGGUGCGUGGGGCUCUCAGAUCCUGACGAUUAUUUCUCUAGAGUUACCCACACCUACAGUAUCCACUGUACCACCAGCAGUACCAUCUGUGACAUACUCGACCCCUCCACCAGUAGUGCCUGCUAGUAGGUACCCGUCACCACCGCCACCUGUCCCUGCUACGGCGUAUCCGACACUAGCAGCACCAGUUACACCUGUGCCUACUGCAUACUCGGCACCCGCACCAGCAGUACUAGUUGCUCCUUAUAUGGUACCACCACCUACCGUACCUCUAACUGCUCCUACAUAUAUUGACCCUGCAGUUCCACCAGAGGUACCUGCCCCGGCUUAUGUAGCAGCACUAGGGGUACCUCCCCUGGCCUAUCCAGUGGUACCACUUGUAGUACCAGAUCCAGUGAUUCCACCAAUUCCCACGACAAUCCCUACUCACCCUACUGAUAUGGUUGUGAUUGCAGGUUUUGGUAAUUCAUCUUAUAUAGAGGCAUUGGAUAGAGCCCUUAUGAUUGAGGCAACUCAACAGAGAGCGAAUUUGGACAAGAAAAGGAAGCAGAUAGAUCAGACUUCAGGAUAA